AGCAGCCCGCCCAUAAACGUAACGUCACCAAUUCAAACCGCUCUGUCUGAGAGCAGAAGCAAGCUACAGCCGGCACAGUGUAUAGCAACACGGCAGGAGGGUAGCGAGCGCGCUGGAUUCUUCUUCUUCUUCUUAUUUUUACACAUGAAAAGAAUCGAGCGCUUUAAGAAAUGUGGGCAGCUGUAGGGAGAGUAAUGCUGGUACAGUUGCUACUGCUGAAGCAUCACACUUCAAAAGGGACUAAAACGGAAUGCGAACACGGACAAUUUCAAUGCAAGAAUGAAAGGUGCAUACCUACAAUUUGGAGAUGCGAUGAUGACGAUGAUUGCUCGGACAACAGCGAUGAAGAAAACUGUGUGAAGAAGACCUGUGCCCCGACGGACUUCACCUGUCAGAACGGCCAGUGCAUCCCUGCGAGGUGGCUCUGCGAUGGGGAGGCAGAAUGCUCCGAUGGAUCCGACGAGGCAGGAUCGACGUGCAGCCGACAGACGUGCCCGCCUGAGAAAUUCAACUGCGGGGGCUCCAGUAAUAAGUGCAUCCCGUUGUCAUGGCAAUGUGACGGGGAGACAGACUGUGAGAACGGCAUGGAUGAGGCUGAGUGCCCUUCAGACGUGAAGCCCUGCCCCUCCAGCGAGUUCCACUGCCGGAGCAGGAAGUGCAUCGCCCCCAUCUUCGUGUGCGACGGGGACGAUGACUGCGGAGACGGGAGUGACGAGGAGCGCUGCUCUGAGCCCGCCUGCGGCCCCCUGGAGUUCCGCUGCAACAACUCGGCCUGCAUCCCUCAGCUGUGGAGCUGCGACGGGGACCCCGACUGUCCGGACCGGUCAGACGAGUCUAUCGAGCGCUGCGGCCGCCGGACCGAGCCGGAGAAACCACGCUGCACCUCCGGAGAGUUCCAGUGCGCCAGCGGGGAGUGCGUCCACCUAAACUGGAAGUGCGACGGAGACUCCGACUGCAAGGACAAAUCCGACGAGAGCAGCUGCCCCCUUGUGACGUGCCGGCCUGAUGAGUUUCAGUGUGGGGACGGCUCCUGUAUUCACGGCAUGAAGCAGUGCAACAAGGCACAUGACUGUCCGGAUUACAGCGACGAGGCAGGCUGCGUGAAUGCGAGCACGUGCGACGGACCGACGAGCUUCCAGUGCAACAGCGGCGAGUGCAUUGACAGCAGCAAAGUGUGCGACUCUCACAAAGACUGUAGAGACUGGUCUGAUGAACCCAUCAAGGCAUGUGGCUUCAAUGAAUGCGCUGCCAACAACGGCGGUUGCUCCCACAUGUGCACGGACCUGCGGAUCGGCCAUCAAUGCGAAUGCCCGGCGGGAUACAAGCUGCUGGACAAGAAGACUUGCGGAGACAUCGACGAAUGUGAGAAUCCGGACGCAUGUGGUCAGAUCUGCAUCAAUUACAAAGGAGACUACAAGUGUGAGUGCUAUGAGGGCUAUGAGAUGGAUGCCGUGACCAAGACCUGCAAGGCAGUGGGGAAAAGUCCAUACCUGAUGUUCACGAAUCGGCACGAAAUCCGCAAGAUAGAUCUGGUGAAGAGGGAUUACACCCAGGUGGUCCCCACGUUGAAGAACGCCAUUGCCCUGGACGUGGACGUGGCCACCAACACAAUGUACUGGUGUGACCUGUUCCACCGCAGGAUAUACAGCGCCUACAUCAACAAAGCCAGCGACGCAUCCCAGCAAGUGACCCUCAUUGACAGCUACCUGCACUCCCCCGAGGGCCUGGCCAUGGACUGGGUCCACAAGAACAUUUACUGGACCGACUCGGGGAACAAGAGCAUCUCUGUGGCCACUGCUGACGGGAUGAAGAGAAGGACGCUGAUCACUAGUGAGCUCGGAGAGCCGCGGGCAAUAGCAGUGGACCCCAAGCAGGGGUUCAUGUACUGGUCAGACUGGGGGAACCCAGCCAAGAUCGAGAAGGCUGGGCUGAACGGAGUGGACAGGCAGGUCCUGGUCUCCCACAAUAUAGAGUGGCCCAACGGCAUCGCACUGGAUUUGCUGAACAAGCGUGUCUACUGGGUGGACUCCAAGCUGCACCUGAUCUCCAGCGUGGACUUCAGCGGGGGCAGCAGGAAGGACCUGCUUUCAUCUCCACACCACCUGGCCCACCCAUUCGCCCUGACAGUGUUCGAGGACAGGGUUUAUUGGACAGACCUUGAAAACGAAGCCAUUUACAGCGCCAGCAGGCUCACCGGACACAAUGUUUCCACCCUGGCAGAACAUCUGAACAACCCGCACGAUAUCGUUGUGUUUCACGAGCUCACACAGCCCAAAGCUCCGGACAGCUGCAACGUGGGCUCUGUACCGAACGGUGGUUGUGAGUACCUGUGUCUCCCUGCCCCCCAGAUCUCCGAGCACUCCCCUAAAUACACGUGCGCCUGUGCAGAUGGCAUGGAGCUGCACCCUGACAUGAGACACUGCCAGACUGGUGUCCCAACAGUGUGGCAGAAAACAAAAACAAAAACCACCACCACAAAAACCACGACCACUACAACCACCUCCAGCACUACCAAACCAGCGACCAUCCCAGCUACAGCCCUCCCAACAACCAGCACAGCUGUGAGCCACCCUGCCGCCCCCUCCCAGCCUCCUGCUACAGUCCCAGAGGAGCUCAGCGAGAGCACCACCCUGCCUCCGGCGAACCAGCUGAGAGAGAACAGCAAUCUGUCACAUCAGUCUGGGAGUGAGCAGCAUCUUCUUGGAAGCAGUGUCACAGUGGCAGUGAUUGGCAUCAUCAUUCCUAUAGUGCUGGUCGGGGUGAUGUGCACGGGAGGCUAUCUGAUCUGGAGGAACUGGAGGAGGAAGAACACAAAGAGCAUGAACUUCGACAAUCCCGUGUACCGGAAGACCACGGAGGAGGAGGAGGAGGAGGAGGAGAUCCACAUCGGGAGGACGGAGCAGAUCGGCCACGUCUACCCAACUCGCGUGGCUCUGAGUCUGGAGGAUGAUGGAUUGCCAUGAGGGGAACACCUGCCCGUCGUCCACAGCGACUGCGAGCCAAGCCAGGAGAGCAGCGGCUGCAGGUUCGAGGUGCUGAGAAAGCGGAGGGCUGGGGGAGCUUUUUUUUUUUGUUACAUAAAUGCAAAUCCUUUUUGUGAUCUACAAGUUUUACUUGUUGUACUACUACUGCCCUUUUACAGUACUGAGGCAACCUGUUAAUGAUGACUAACCUCAUUGCCCAUCAUGUUAGUGUGGAUAGAGAGAUUCAAUCCCCCACAGACUGGACUGGACUGGACUAGUAUACUCGUUAAUACUGCUUAAUGGUUCACUGUUUCAUAUUUGUAGUUUUUUUCUUACACUUUGUGGAUAGCGUUGCACUGAAAAGGCAACGAUUUGACCACUGGCAGGCAAAAAGGGAGAGUGGCAAAGAGGGUUGGGAGGGGUAGCUAGGAAGGGGCAGUUGUAAAGAUGGUUUGAGAUUUAAAAUUGUGCUGUUGGAACUGGUAAAGAAAAGCCCUGUGGAUAAUGGGUAGUGCCAGGUUAGUGAGCUGCAGGGGGUAGACUCUGUGCCCUUUACCAUAAACAUUCAUCUCCACUAUGUCAAAGCGCUGGGGCAGCAUAGCCAUUGAGGUGGUAGUGAUGCCAUGUAACACAUGCAUGAAUGAUCCACACAGGGGGCUGGGAUUGCAAGAGAGCCCGUCCCCUGUCUGUCCGCAAACUGCCUUACAACGGCAAGGCUUUAGCGACAUCUUAGAACCCAGAGCCUUAGUGGGUUUGUACUGCUGUGUGGGUGGGGUCUCUUAGAACCCAGAGCCUCAGUGUGUUUGUACUGCUGUGUGAGUGGGGUCUCUUAGAACCCAGAGCCUCAGUGUGUUUGUACUGCUGUGUGAGUGGGGUCUCUUAGAACCCAGAGCCUCAGUGGGUUUGUACUGCUGUGUGAGUGGGGUCUCUUAGAACCCAGAGCCUCAGUGUGUUUGUACUGCCGUGUGAGUGGGGUCUCUUAGAACCCAGAGCCUCAGUGUGUUUGUACUGCUGUGUGAGUGGGGUCUCUUAGAACCCAGAGCCUCAGUGUGUUUGUACUGCUGUGUGAGUGGGGUCU